GACAUUUCUCAGCAAAUAAAUACGGGGUGACUCGAAAAGUAUAGACACGUUUGUUUUUUUCAACUUUAAAGUUGAAAUUAUAAAAAUAAAAAAAAAAAAUAAAAGAAAAUAAAAUAAGAUUACAACAUCUGGUUGCCAAAUGUAUCUUUGUAUGGAUUAAAAGUUAUUAACUGACAUUGCUCGUGUUCCUUCGAGUGGGGAAAAUAGGGUGCAUAUAUAUACAUCGAAAAACGGACUUUAACAACAUUGUGUUACAAGCAAGCAAGUUAAACAGGAAUUGAACAGCUGAUGCUUCGUCAAGACCGGCGAAAUGUCAAAGUCUAGGCAAAUUACUUUACGUGUGCAGUGUUCAGAAGGGACAAAACGAAUAGAUGUAAAUCUUUCUGAUUCAAUUUCUUUAGUAUAUGAAAAGAUCUCUAAAGCCUUUGAAUUGAAUACUACUGGAUUUGUACUCUAUAGAGAACGAAAUCAUAAAGAUGAACUUCCAUAUUCUCAUAGCAAAACAGUUUCAGGAACACAUCUUUCUCAUGGAGAUAUGUUAUAUCUUGCUCCUCAAAAUAAUACACAAUUGUGGAGUACUCCCUCAACUAGUACUGCCACCAUUGAUAUUUCUCAAGAACCAAGACCAAUGGAUGAAAUAGAAACUAUCAAUCAUACUAAUGUUUCUCAAUCUGUAUCGAAUACAAUUGAGGAUGUUGAUGAACAAUUAUGGAAACUUGAUGGUAAAAUACAAAGAAAACGUGAUGAAAAACUUUGUAGACAUGGUGCAAAUGGAUGUUGUGUUCAUUGUACUCCUUUAGAACCUUUUGAUGAAGCUUAUCUUAAAGAACAAAAUAUAAAACAUUUAUCAUUUCAUUCAUAUCUUAGGAAACUCACUGCUGGUGUUGAUAGAGGAAAGUUUAUACAAUUAGAUGACAUAAACUGCCGUAUAAAGACUGGUUGUAAAGAUCAUCCACCUUGGCCACGAGGUAUAUGUAGCAAAUGUCAACCAAGUUCUAUUACUCUAAAUCGCCAAACUUAUCGUCAUGUCGACAACGUUAUGUUUGAAAAUUCAAGUUUAGUUGAGCGUUUUCUCAAUUAUUGGCGUAGCACAGGUCAUCAACGUAUUGGAUUUUUAUAUGGAAGAUAUGAAAUACAUACAGAUGUACCAUUAGGAAUUAGAGCUGUUGUUACAGCUAUUUAUGAGCCCCCGCAGGAAAGUACAAAAAAUUCUAUACGACUUUUACCAGAUGAAAAGGAAACAAUAGUUGAUGAAUUGGCUCAUUUACUUAAUUUAAAAAAAAUUGGAUGGAUUUUUACUGAUCUUAUAGCUGAUGAUAUCAAGAUAGGAACGGUAAAACACGUUCGAAAUAUAGAAAGUCAUUUUUUAUCUGCUCAAGAAUGUAUUAUGGCUGGGUAUUUUCAAAAUAAAUAUCCAAAUCCUUGUCGUUUUUCUCCUAAUAAUUAUUUUGGUUCAAAGUUUGUUACUGUUUGUGUUACUGGUGACGAGAAAAAUCAAAUUCACAUGGAAGGUUAUCAAGUAUCUAAUCAAUGCAUGGCAUUGGUACGUGAUGGCUGCCUGGUUCCUACAAAAGAUGCGCCAGAAUUGGGCUAUGUAAUUGAAUCAACAGAUAAACAGUAUGUUCCAGAUGUCUUCUACAAGGAAAAAGAUUCUUAUGGAAAUGAAGUAUCAAGGCUAGCAAGACCUUUGCCAGUAGAAUAUUUAUUGGUAGAUGUACCUGCAUCCACACCACUUACUCCACAGUUUACUUUUUAUAUUAGCAAUACUAUUACUCCAUUUCCAAUUGAAAAUAGAUUCAUCGAUGGACAAAUUCAAGAAUUUAACUCACUUUGUUCUUAUAUGCAACAAUUUACUAAAGAACAAUUCUUAGAAGCAGUUUCAGAUUUUCAUUUAUUAAUUUUUAUUGCAACUAUGGAUAUGUUUCCAAUGAAGGAUCACAUGAUACCAUUAUUAGAUGCAAUUCGUAAUAAAAAUAGAGAAAAAGCAAUAGAGUGGACACAUUCGGAACAAUGGGCAACAAUAGAGCAACUAAUAUCUGAAGCUACAGCAUCAACAUCUCGACCAUUAUUUGAUACUAACUCAAGAAUUUCAUCUUCUGUGCUUGUAGAAGGAAGUGGAAUAGCAGUUGGUACAGAUCCAAUUGUAAAUUCACCACCUGAUCAAACACUUUGGACUUGUUCACAUUGCACAUUUCUCAAUGCAGCAGAUUUUGCAAUGUGUGAAAUGUGUGGUUUACCAAGAAAUACGUAACAAAAAUUCAUUAUUAUAUUGCUUUUGUAUGCAUUUAAGGGUGCUAUCCUUAAAUUGCAAUUUUGCUUCCGCAAGUUUUAACAAAUUUUGUUCUUGCGGAUAUAAAUUGUUUUGAACGCAUACUUGGCUUUAUUUAUGAGUGAAUAAAAAAAAGAAAAAAUAUCUUUUACCAAAACCUA